AUGAAUCAGCCAGCAGCCGGAGGUUCUCCUGAUGAGGCUGCAGAGUCAGCCACCCUGAAAGGGACCCCAAGUGGAAGGCCAUUGCGGAGGGGCAAGUGGGCAAACAAAACCGAGUUCCUGCUCUCCAUGGCUGGAGAGAUCAUAGGUCUGGGUAACGUGUGGCGUUUCCCGUACCUGUGCUACAAAAAUGGAGGAGGAGUUUUCUUCGUGCCAUACUUUGUAUUCCUCUUUUUCUGUGGCAUCCCUGUCUUUUUCCUGGAGACUGCUUUGGGCCAGUACACCAGUGAAGGAGGGGUCACAGCCUGGAGAAAGAUAUGUCCAAUGUUUGAGGGAGUGGGAAUUGCAUCCCAGGUGAUAGUAAUUUACUUGAACAUCUACUACAUUGUGAUUCUGGCCUGGGCUCUAUUUUACCUGUUCAGCUCCUUCCAGAAUCCUCUACCCUGGAGUACCUGUCACAACUCAUGGAAUACAAUAAAGUGUCAGAAUAGCAGUGGGCUGAACUCAGCUGAUUCUGAUUGGUCCUUCCUGCACAACUUCACAGACUAUGAUGACUACGUCCUGCAGUAUGUUCUGUACCUGGGAGCCAGUGAGAAGAAUGCUGAAUGUUGGGCUACAUUAAUCUGUACUAUGCAAAAAAGUUCUGUGAAUAGUACAGUACUUGGUGCCAAUUACACACUGGAUAGCUCCAUUGUAUCUUCAGAGGAAGAGUUCUGGAAGCAGCGUGUGCUCAGAGAACGUGAUGAUGCGUUAGGCAAGGUGCAUUAUGACCUAGCCCUCUAUCUUCUGCUGGCCUGGGUAAUCUGCUACUUCUGCAUCUGGAAGGGUAUCAGAUCUACGGGGAAGGUGGUCUACUUUACAGCAACCUUCCCUUACCUGAUGCUCUUCAUCCUCUUUAUCCGAGGGGUGACACUGCCUGGUGCUGCAGAUGGGAUUUUCUAUUACUUGUACCCAGAUAUAUCUAAACUGGGAAAUCCAGGGGUUUGGGUUGAUGCAGGCACACAGGUGUUUUUCUCAUAUGCAGUGUGUCAGGGAGUCCUAACUGCUCUGGGAAGCUACAAUGAAUACAAGAACAACUGUUACAAGGACUGCAUAGGACUCUGUGUCCUGAACAGUAGCACCAGUAUCUUUGCUGGCUUUGCUGUGUUUUCAGUGCUUGGUUUUAUGUCCCAUGAGCUCGGUGUAUCCAUGGAGGAAAUUUCGAGUAGUGGUAUUGGUCUGGCUUUCAUAGUGUACCCAAAAGCACUGGCUAUGUUACCAGGGGCUCAGUUCUGGGCUGUGCUGUUUUUCCUCAUGAUCCUUUUUUUGGGCCUUGACAGCCAGUUUGUGUGUGUGGAGAGUUUUGCCACAGCUCUGACUGACCUGUUCCCCGGUGUUCUGAGGAAACCCGGACGGCGUGAGAUUCUGGUACUCAUCAUUGCAGUGUUCUGCUUCCUUCUUGGCCUUCCACUCGUUACAGAGGGAGGGAUCCACCUUUUCCAACUGGUAGACACAUAUGGCCCCAGUGGAACCAAUCUGCUAUUCAUUGCGUGCUUUGAGUGUAUUGUCAUUGGCUGGGUCUAUGGUGCUGACCGUUUCUAUGACAACAUUGAAGACAUGAUAGGCUACCGACCAUUCCCUGUGCUGAAAUUCUGCUGGCUGUUUAUCACUCCAGUUAUCUGUUGGGCCACCAUGAUGUAUAAUUUGACGGCAAAUUCAUGGCACCAUCAAAUCCUCAAUUCUGGUUUGAGACAGGCAGUGGCCUCUCUCCUUGGAUUAACCCCUUUGCUCUGCAUUCCCAUCUACAUUUUUGUUACUCUGUUCAAGAAUUCUGAUGGGAUGACCAUCCCGUCCAGGGAGCUGAGACAGAUUCGGCCACACCUGCCUCCUUUAACAAUCUGUGAGCAGGUCAUCAUCAGUCCUCAGGGGUCCAGCCACAGAGGUGGAGAUGGAGAGGACAAACCCAGCUCAGGAAAUACCACUGAACAAAACUUCAAUUUAGCAUGA